AUGAACGACGCCACCACUUCGCUCCUCGCUGAGCAUUUUAGCUACACGCCUCUGUCGCUCAUAGAUGACAUUAUCAAUUCGAUCAACAACUUGAUCUACCAGGCCAUCUCCAGCCUAGAGUCCGGUCUGAUCAACACGCCCCCAGAGCGUUUGGGUUUCGCGCACGCCAGCAACGGCUCCACCAUCCCCGACACAGACGAAGAUGGCAAUGUUGUCUACCCCGAGGCGAAGCUGGAGAUUGAGAAUGGCCUCCAUCAGCUGGAGACGCUGCUUGAAGCCAAUGUUGACAAGGCAUUUGACAAGUUUGAAAUCUACGUGCUGAGAAAUAUCCUCACGGUGCCCGAGGAUCUUCUAUCCUCGGUGAGGCUGAAGCAUUACGAGAAUCUCUCUUUCGUCCCUUCGCCCGACACCCCGACACCAGAAACCAUCCUUGCGCAGCGCAAGAAGCUAAUCGAGACCCGCAAACUAACUCGGUCGUUGAAAGAUGAGUGCGCUCGGAACGACGCGGUUAUUUCCCAAUUGCAAUCGAUUCUCUCGACUGUCGAAAACGCCAAAACCGAUGGUGGCGCCGACGCAACAGAAAACAAAGAAAAUAACCAGCCCAAUUUGUCCUUCUUGACCUCCAGUCCCGCCGCGCGCCAGCUACGUGUCGGCGUUGCGGCUGGGUCCAACACCAAGCAUACGCCUCUCACAACCAACACCACCUUCAUUCUUUCUCAACUUCCUGCUCUCCAAACAACCCUGGAACAGCUCCGUCCCAGGUUGGCGGCACUGCCGCAAGCAUCUGUGCCCAGGGAGACCAAGUCUAAGAGAGACGAACGCAAAGAGUACAUCGAGAGUCGAAUCAGGCUGCACCUAGAGCGCGCCGGGCAGCUUGCUAUGGGCGAUGAUGGACAUCCAAUGGUCGCGGGCCGCCGGAUUGACAUCUCGGAAGCCCAUGCACUGGAGAAUGUUGCAAGCAUGCUUACACACCAAAAGAAGGCAUGA